AUGUUCCGGUCACUCCGUCUUUGUUCCCGACCUCUUACCCACUACUCGCGACGGCGUAUACACGUUGACACAACUGCAUUCGAAUCUAAAUAUGCAGAGAAAUUACGCCAGCGCGCGUCGGAACGCGGUCUGAGUGUAUCUGAACUAAAGCUCAAGGCGAAGGAGAAGCAGGAAGCGGAGCGACUGCAGCUCAGGAAAAAGCUAGAAGAAGAACGCGCUGCCCAAAAAUCGGCGCAGGGGUCGGGGUCGACCGCUUCUGCGAGUUCCUCAAAGACCUUGGGGGCGACUAAGCCCGGCAGCUCGGAACGAAAGGAUAAAUCUCCGAUCAAGCCACUGAAUUCAUUCCUGAAUUUGGAGAAGCUACUUUCGUCUCCUCAUAAACCCGAGCAAAUAGCCUCUCUAUGGACUGCGUACCAUGCAUCACGGUCGGGGGGUACCGGCCGUGGCUAUGUCUGUGCGUCGGUACCAUUGGAUCUGUACCAGAAAAUGGCCGACGUAGGUUCUAGAUACCCUUCGUUCGUUGUGCCAAUACGCCGCCCUAGCACUGGAACAACCACAGAACCGGGAGCUGAGGACCAAAGCGCGUACGAGUUCUACUACCUCCAAUGGGCUUUCCACGACGCUCCUCCCCAUCCUGCCGUGGCCAUCGACCCAUUUGCCGGGAAACUCUCAGAUGCCACGCCGCCUGCAAACCCCCCAAUUUCAACGGUCCUCUUCACGCCGUUGCAAGAAUACAAGCUUCGCCAGUCGUUUGCCACUCCGUACUUGAUUGCCACGAAUUAUACGGACCUGGCUGGAUCCCACGGGACUGUACUCCUUCGGGGUGAAGUCACGCCAGCUGGCUCUGGCUCGGGGAACUUCAUGAUCUCACAGGAAGAUGCGCAUCUGCUGCUAAUGGCAUUGCAGCGCUUCUACCUAUGGGGAGGUGCGAGUGGCUCUCGGGAGAGCGAACCCCAACGCUUGCUCAAACUGUUUCAUGAAAACCCAGAACAGUUCAAAUGGGAGGAUCUAUUGAAAACGGUUGAUUGGAUGCCAGGCUCGCAUUAA